UUGGUCGAAAUUGACGCUUCAAUGAGCGAUGUUCACCUAUAGGUGAAUAUUGGAUUUUUUCGCAAAAUGGCGUCGUCCGCGAGUCGUUUUGUUGAAAUGUCAGAGGAAGAAAUUUCAGAAUUAAAAGAAAAUGCAAUCCCCCAAAAAAAACACAACAGGCAACAAAAUUUGGAUUAAACCUUUUUACUGGUAGGUUUUGUUUACAAGCAUUGUCUAAAACUACUUAUGUAUCGUUUUACGUCAAAACAGUCUGAAAUUUGUAGGAUUUCGCCGGGUUUGUUUACAUUUUACUCGAUACAUUUUUUGACAUCRACAGAAUGGUUYCAACAGCAGUYAGAAUUCACUGUCAGCUUUGAAGAUAUGGACACAACUCAAUUAAACAAGUGUCUAUCAAAGUUUUACGUUUCCAUAAGGAAGAAAGAUGGGAAUUAAUACAAGAAGACAACUUUGCUGUCGAUCCGAGCGGCCCUCGACCGUCAUCUUCAAUCUCCUCCACAUAACAAAAGAUUCAGUAUCUGUGACAACCACACGUUUAGCGAGGCGAAUAAAACAUUGAACUCAUACCUCAAGCAUCUUAGUGGCACUGGGAAAAUAGCAGGUACAGUCCRCAAGAAUCCAUUGACAAGUGAAAUAAUCCAGACUCUCUACAACAAAGGUGAGCUUGUCGACUCGUCAACACGCGACCCGCGAGUUCUCCUUCAAACCGUUUGGUUUUUCAUAUCGUUGUUCUUUGGUAAGCGGGGUUGAGAAAACCAGGCAGAAAUGAAAAAAUCCAUGCUUCGUCUACAGAAAAGCCACAAUGGAGAAGAAUACUUUGAACUGAAUAGAAGCGAGCCCGGAACAGUUCUUAUAAGCAAAAACCACACAGGCGGCCUUGAAGGGACGGAGGAUCACUCCGACGGAAAGAUAUUUGCGCAACAAGGGUCUCGAGGAAGUCCUGUUGAAGUAAUAAAGUGCUUCUAAUCCCAUCUCAAUCCAGAUAUCAAUGCUCUUUUCCAAAGGCCGAAGCAAAGUUCAACCAAGUUCAACCCAGAGAGCAACAUGGUUUGGUUUGACGCUCGUAAACUUGGUCACAACAUGCUGGAGAAUAUGCUUAAAAACAUGACGAUGGCGGCAGAAAUUACACCAUACCUGACAAACCAUUCUCUCCGGGCUACUAUUGUAACAGUCUUAUCAUCCAAGAAUAUCGAGACCCGUAGAAUAAAGGCAAUAACUGGACACAGAUCUGACACAAGCAUCGAAAGCUACUGUAGCCGUCCAACCUUGAACCAGUUCAAAGAAAUGUCAACAGUUCUAACGUCGGAAUCGCCGCUCGAUACCAGCGCAUGUGUCAAUGGACAUUCACCUUUGUGGAAAACGCCACCGUAG